CUGUAUUUGCAUGGCUGCCAAUUUCUGGACUUCGUCUCACUUCAAACAGCUGAUGGACCUGGAAGAGGUGGAUGUGGUGCAACCACUGGAUAAAGAAAGGGGCAUAACUCUUGAAGAUUUCAAGCUCAUCAAGUCCCACAUCGCUAAUUGUAAUCUUUACUACAACACUUUCAAACAGAUGGGUCUUGCCCAUCUUUUAACGCAUUGGUUAUCUUAAGAUGAUCAUGAAAAUCUGAAAGUUUCCCUUUGUUAUGUGUAAGCAUUAUAUUUUCUUUUUCUUUUCUAGGGGUCUUUUUCUUUGUUAUUUUCUGUUUCAGUGUAUGAUUAUGGCGCUUCGAUACAUCAUUCUUGUGAAUUACAAUUGGUGUGACCUGAUAUCGCAAGGUUGGCUCAGAAUGUGAAAGUUCGGCAAAGGGUUGUUGCUACUGCCAUUACAUACAUGAGACGUGUUUAUGCAAGGAGAAGUAUGACCGAAUGCGAUCCUCGUCUGGUUGCUCCAACCUGCUUGUACUUGGCAGCUAAAGUUGAAGAAAGCACAGUGCAGGCAAGACAUCUUGUAUUUUAUAUCAAGAAAUUAUAUUCUGAUGAGAAGUAUCGAUUUGAAGUAAGGGAUAUUCUAGAAAUGGAAAUGAAAAUUUUAGAAGCCUUAAACUAUUAUUUAGUUGUAUUCCAUCCUUAUCAAGCACUGCCGCAGUUACUUCAGGAUGCUGGCAUGAAUGAUGCAAUGCUAGUAACUUGGGCUAUUGUUAAUGAUACUUACAAGAUGGACUUGAUUCUUAUAUAUCCCCCUCACUUGAUUGCAUUAGCCUGCAUAUACAUUGCAAGUGUCCAAAAGAAUAAAGAAAACACGGUGUGGUUUGAAGAGCUUCAAGUUGAUAUGAAUGUGGUGAAAAACAUGGCAAUGGAGAUACUAGAUUUUUACGACGGCCACAAGCUGAUUACGGAUGACAAUGUUAACGCAGCCUUGAACAAGCUAUCCAAAUAAUUACGUGCUUGUAAUAAACUGUUAUCUGGAAGUUUUAAUUUUUUGGCCAACUGGCUUUCCCUGAAGUUACUACUAGCUGCAAGAGUUACAAGUGAUGCAGACAUUGCAAGGUGUUUCAGUGACUGUCUUUUCUCUUUCGAAGAUUGUUGUCUUGAUUAGGACCUCCAUAUGAAGAGGAAGGAAGUUAAGAGCUAAAUAGUGGUGGAUUUGACAAGAUUUCUUACACAAUCAGUGACGAACUGCACUUGCUUGUUUAUUGUUUAUA